AUGUCUAAAGAGGAGAGUGGCCAUGUCACUCCCGAAAAGGGCGACAAUGUUGUCGACUAUCAGGCCAGCACGACAGUCAUCCCCACUGAGGGCCCCGAGCGCGACGCCAACUGGUUCACGCGUAAUGGCCUCAAUGCCGAUUCCUUCAAGAAGAAGCACUAUGGCCCGGGCAUGGUCGAGCUUGAGCGUCCCAUGAAGGCUCGCCAUCUUCACAUGAUCGCCAUUGGUGGUUCUAUUGGUGCUGGCUUCUUCGUCGGCUCAGGCGGUGCUCUGUCCAAAGGCGGCCCUGGUUCUCUCUUCAUCGACUUCCUCAUUAUUGGUAUCAUGAUGUUCAACGUCGUGUAUGCUCUCGGUGAACUCGCCAUCAUGUACCCCGUCUCUGGUUCUUUCUAUACAUACUCUGCUCGUUUCAUCGACCCUGCCUGGGGUUUCGCUAUGGGCUGGAAUUAUGUUCUUCAGUGGGCUGCCGUUCUUCCGCUUGAAUUGACAGUUUGUGGUAUCACGAUAUCGUACUGGAACUCGGAAAUCACCACCGCCGCUUGGAUCUCUCUCUUCCUUGGUGUCAUCAUCAUCAUUAACCUGUUUGGCGCUCUCGGCUAUGCCGAAGAGGAGUUUUGGGCAUCAUGCUUCAAGCUGGCUGCCACCGUCAUCUUCAUGAUCAUCGCCUUUGUCCUUGUCCUCGGUGGUGGUCCCAAGGAUGGCCGAUACCACGAGUACUGGGGUGCCCGCUACUGGUACGACCCGGGCGCGUUCAAGAAUGGCUUCAAGGGUUUCUGCUCCGUCUUCGUCACCGCUGCAUUCUCCUUCUCCGGUACUGAGCUGGUCGGUCUUGCCGCUGCUGAGUCUGCCAACCCCACCAAGAACAUGCCUGGUGCUAUCAAGCAGGUCUUCUGGCGUAUCACCAUCUUCUACAUCCUUGGUCUCUUCUUCGUCGGCCUGCUGGUCAGCAGCGAUGAUCCCGCUCUGCUCUCUUCUGCCGCCUACUCUGACUCCAAGGCCUCUCCCUUUGUGCUUGUCGGCAAGUACGCUGGCUUGAAGGGUUUCGACCACUUCAUGAACCUUGUCAUUCUCGCCUCCGUCUUGUCCAUCGGUGUCUCUGGUGUGUAUGGUGGAUCCCGAACCCUGACCGCUUUGGCUCAGCAGGGCUAUGCUCCCAAAAUCUUCACCUACAUCGACAGGUCUGGCCGCCCCCUGCCCUCCGUCAUCUUCCUCAUCCUGUUCGGCUUCAUCGCCUAUGUCAGCUUGGAUGCCACCGGUCCCGUUGUCUUCGACUGGCUUCUUGCCAUUUCCGGCUUGGCCGCUCUCUUCACUUGGGGCUCCGUCUGCCUUGCCCACAUUCGAUUCCGCAAGGCCUGGAAGUACCACGGCCACACUCUGGAUGAAAUUCCUUUCAAGGCUGCUGGCGGUGUCUACGGCUCAUAUCUCGGCCUUUUCAUUUGCGUCAUUGUCCUGAUGGCCCAGUUCUAUACCGCUGUUGCUGCCCCUCCCGGAACACCUGGCGUGGGUACCGCACAGGACUUCUUCAAGCAGUACCUGGCUGCUCCCGUCGUCCUCGGUUUCUGGAUCGUUGGCUGGCUCUGGAAGCGCCAGCCUUUCUUGAGAACCAAGAACAUUGACGUCGACACCGGCCUCCGUGAGUUUGACUGGGACGAGAUCAACGCAGAGCGCACAAGACUCGCUGCCCUGCCUGCCUGGAGACGCAUCAUCCACCACACCUUCUAA